AUGUGUAUCCAGUUGGAGACGUAGUGGAAGUAGUUGUGGUGAUUGAAGUGGUGGUGGUGGUGAUCGGCCAACACCGGCCGUUUUCAGUCUGUCGUUUAUUACCCAGCUGCACGCUGCCAGCAAACAUAAAACUGGUGCAUAGAAGAGAGAUCAAAAGAAGAGAUAGAUGUUGUUUUCUUGAGUGGACAAUCUGUGCCGCUGUCAUCACUGGCAACAAGAUGUCCGAAACUGGAGUUCUGGAUAAUUCUUACAUGUCACUGACUGUGGUGAGCUUUCUUGCGUUUAUGUUUCUUUAUGAAUAUGUCAGUCCCUGGAUAUCCUGCUGGCUGUGCCCAAAAUACAAGACCCUUACGGAAAAACAACAGAUUAACUGGAACACAAGAGUCAUCUCCAGUGUUCAUGCAGUAAUUAUGGGAUCUCUAUGUCUAUACACAAUAAAUUAUGAUCCAGAAGUCAGAGACGACCCGAUAUGGAGAGACACACCACAAGUACGAGUGAGUGGAGCUAUUCUGAUUGGUUAUUCUCUUGCUGACUCAUUAGUAAUGGCUUUGCACUAUGACAAAAUAGGUGAAAUAUUCUAUUUUUUGCACCAUGCAUCUGCAGCGUAUGCAUUUUUCUAUGUUGCUAUGUUUGGAGUUUUGCCAUAUUUCUCAAAUUACAGAUUACUAUCAGAAAUAUCAACGCCACUUGUUAACCAAAGAUGGUUCCUGAGCACACUUGAUUACAAAAAGGACAGCAAACCAUUCAUAAUCAAUGGAGUCAUUAUGACACUUAUGUUUUUCAUCACUCGUCUUGCCUGCAUGCCGUAUUAUUGGUAUAAAGUAUACGAGGUGUACAACACGGAACCAUUCACACGCCUUGGUCAUAUGCAGUAUGUCUUAAUUGGUACAUGCUUUGUGCUCGAUGUCAUCAAUUUUCUUUGGUUCUACAGGAUGCUUCGAGGAGUGUACAAUGUCUUGCAAUACCUCAUACACAGAAAUGAUAUCCCACUGAAGGAAGAAUGAACUAAAUUAUAUUAUAUUAUAUUAACAUAUUAAAUAUUAAAAAAAUUUAAAUAAUCUAAUGUA